AUGCAACUUAAUCCAACUUGCCGAGCAGCUCCCCUUUGUCUGCUCCGAAGGCAUCUCCUGCCGCUGGACACUCCAUCUCUUGCUCCCGCUGCCAAUGUUGAGGGACCCAUCAGCCCCAGAAUAGAAGCUAAUGACAUUGCUCAGGCGGAGAGGGUGGGUGGAGAAGCGUUUAUUAUUGAAGAAUACAGACCCAUUGUCCAGGAGAACUAUUAUUGGUUAGAGAGGAUUUUCAAUAGCUACCAGUCGAGAAUUUAUUCUGGUGAUGUUAGCGCUUCUUUCCAUGUUUUAUAUUAUUUACUUUUUCAAUAUAAAUAA